AGUUAUCAUCCUAGAGGAAUCCUACUCAUAUGAGGAUCUCCACCUAUAUAUAUUCUCAUGUAUCCUCCUUUAUUUCCUUAAGUAAAAUACAUUGUUUCAUAGAAUUCAACAUGGUAUCAGAGCCACAAGAUCCUCUCUCCUCUCUCAUACGCUAAACACACAAAAAAGGAGCAAUCUCUGCGGCUAGGGUUUCCGCCAUUACCCGCCGCCACUGCUGCCCUUCACCGAAGCAGCACCACCACAGCAACAUCAUGUCUCUCUCAAUAGACGAUCCUAUGGAUCGCCUACCCACCGGCCUCAAGCUGUUCGUCAGGAAUCUCCAAUCUCUCACUCUGGCGAAGCUUGAUGAUUCGAAUUAUCCCUCUUGGUCAGCAACCAUUCGAGCUAAUCUUCUGGCUCAUCGUCUUCUAGGUUACGUGGAUGGAACCGAAUCCGCGCCUCCCACUCUUGUUAUUGACGGAAAAGCCGCUACCUCCGGUAAAGAAGAUUCUCCGGUCAUGAAGGCAAAUCUAGCUUAUGAGACGUGGAUGCUCAUUGAUGCCCAACUACGUGCAUGUUUAUUAGCCAUCGUCUCCCCCACCGUCCAAACACACAUACAUGCUCUACCAACAUCCGCCGCAAUAUGGACUCAUCUUGAACAACGGUAUAAUUCCUUAUCUCGCACUCACAUCUUCCAGUUGAAAGAACGCCUUCAUAGUCUCCAAAAAGGGAGUGAUUCCAUGCAAACCUACCUUGACAAUGCUUUGAACAUUGAAUCCUUGCUUACUCUCGCUCAUGAGAGUAUCUCAUAUCAAGACAUCAAUCUUUGCAUACUCCGUGCAUUGCCGGCAGACUAUAGCUCCUUGAAGCAGAACAUCCGCACCAAUAUUGGGACUGUCACCCCGAACCAAGUCUCGGCCUGGCUUCUCUUAGAAGAACUCAACGUCAACCUUGAGAAAAAAUUACAACUCCACGAUCUGUUAGACAAAUGUGCAACUCUAGAGGGGGGGUGAAUAGAAUUGUUUUCAAGAAUGUGCGUUUUUCGCGUGUGUGAAAUAAUAGAAUUGCAGGAAUAAAUAAAGAGAGUAAGGGAAAGAAGAACACCGAGAUUUAUACUGUUUCACCACCUUGUGGCUAAUCCGGUCUUCCGAGAGACUCUCUCGAAAGUCCUANGCAGGAAUAAAUAAAGAGAGUAAGG